AUUUUCAGAAAACGGUUAUGAUUUUCAGAAAAAGGUCGAUAUUGGGUGGGUAAACAAUAUUGUUAAAGCGCUUUAAUAAUUCAAAUCUAUAGCUUGUGUUUGUGAUAGUGUGUGUCUACAAAUACAUUACGAUGUAAGGGUAUAAAAGCUCAGUAAUGGAAACGGGAGAGGCAAUCGAUCCUAUUCGUGUUAAACUGCCUUUGUCAUUGCGGAUAGAUGAUGGGGUGAUUACAGACAUAGGAAUAAAAGAUGUUGCAAGAGAUCUUAGAACCUGUAUUGAACACCUUAAAAAUUGCCUUAAACAAGUCUUUUCGUUUAUUGCCGUCGUAGAUGUUAAGUUCAAGAAUGGUACAGUGUAUUUUAAAUUUGAUGUUAGAGACGAACAGCAACUUGAGGCCAUGUAUGAAUGUCUGGGGAAAGAGAAAAACGCAUUUUCCGAAUGGUUGUCUGGCUUUUUCAUAACAAGAUCAAUGGAACUAGUAGCUGGACUCGGUUUGCACACUAAAAUAUACUGCAAUAUCUCAAUGCCAGAGACUGUCUAUUUAAGAUGUAGAUUACAAUUCUGUGAAAAAGAAGAACAGAAAAGAAAUAUAAAUGACAUUGAAAGUCAAAAACCCGAUGAGACUAAAACUACUGUCGUUACCGUGAGGAAAACGGUGGAACAAAUUGAAAAGUCAUCAUCAUUGUUUACCGAAUUGAUAUCGACAGAUAAUAUGGCUUCUUCAGGCACAAUGAGUGACAACUGUACUGAACAAAGGUCGCCUGGUGCAUAUCCGUACGAUUCAAAAGAGUCUCCAUCUUCAACAAAUAGUGAACUGGUAAGGAAAACGUUACUAUUGUAUUAUCCAUGUAUAAAAGGUUGGAAAGUCAAAAAGAUUGAAAUUCAAAGCGAAAGCAAGUUUCUUAAUUGCGUUAUGGAUAUGCAUGGCAUUGAUAUGUAUGAAUGUUCGGUCUUUUUACCAAAAGAGCCUUUGCAUUUCUCAUAUCAAUACGUAUGCCAUUUAAAAGGUGACAGAAUAUUCAGUUGGACUGGAAUCCCGCCCUUGAAAAGUAGAAAAUACCAUCUAAAUGAAUACACUUUUCAGAGGGAUAGCUGGAUGAGUCAAGGGCAACAUAUACAUGACCAAAAUAAAUAUGACGAGGAGUGUUUGACUGCACAUUUAAGGGAUAUUUUGUUUCAUUGUGAAGCUAUUGACAUUAAACAUGCCUGUAGUCAAAUAGAGCAACUAUGUUUCAGACAGCUCCUAAAUAAAAAUGCCAUACAUCUUUUAAAAGAACUUGAAACAGUUCUUGUUAAAGGUACAGGAAAAGCUAAAUUGCUGUUUAUGGUUGUCAUCGGAAAUGUCUUGACAAAUAUUCAACAGAUUUCACAAGGAGAGAUAUUAAACAAAUCAACUAUCAACAUUCUUUUGGACAAUUUAAAGCUCUUCAGAUUGAAAGAUUUACAUGUAUCAUGCGGAAAAUACAUAUACAAUGUCUGCAACUCGCUAUGCGUGAAUGUAUACGGACAAGAAAUGUGUCCGGUGGAAUAUCUUAGCGCAUGUUACCCUUUUUAUGAUGACUCAUUUAUUUUGCAGCGACUCCGUCAUCAUAUUCAGAGCGGUACUAAAGUUGCACACGAUAGUAAGUCAAUAUAUGACUCUGCGCUCAGUCUUUGUUGUAAAUUGUACUGUUCUUCGACAGAAGAUUCAUCGGAAAAAGCACAAAAAGCUUUGGAUAUACUUCUUAGACAUUGUCCAUUAAACAUGACAUUAUAUGUAACCUCAAAAAUAAUACAAAACAAAGAUGGCAUGUCUGAAAAUGAAGUUGAUAUACAAAAUAGUUUAUGCAUUGCAUUUCAAGUAAGAAUGGACUCUGAACUAAGACUAAUUAAAAAAGAAAAAAAUAUCCAAAAACUACAUGACCUUUGGAGGAACACUACAAUGUUUAUUAAAGCUGAUACACAACUUCAGACAAAAUUUGAAGAAACAUUGCUUACUACCCUUGGAGUUUUACCUUCGUCAGCUGAUUGUCCAGCAGAUGUUGUUGUUAUGUUUAUAAUCGAAUCUGGUUUUUUCAACGACAAGAAUGGCAAGAAAAAAUUGCUUCAAAUUAUAAUGGAUUCAAAUAAUAAUACGGUACGUGAGCUGUUCUUCAUUUUAUCUCAGCGCCAAGAACUGGCAGAGAUAUUCAAUUGUAUCGACAGAGGUGAAUUUCAAGACUUUGCUCUGAAAUAUCUCACAAGAAAUAGCAGCUAUUUUAUGGACAAGGACAAGGAACUCAACUGCUUUUUAAAGCGUUUUUGUAGAUUUUUGAACAUAAAAUAUCUCUUACAGACUUGCAAUCUUAUAGAGGUUCUCGAGAAUAUUCUUCUGCGUGAAUUUGACAAAUAUCAACCCACGGAACUUUUAAAGCACACAUUUGUUAUAGAUAAAAUGUCAAAAGAAUACAAAGAUAUAGACAAUAUUUUUGUAGGUCAUUUCAAUAAGACAUUAAAGAAAACAUCUGAAAGACCAGAGAUCCUGCUUGACAUUCUGUCAAUCCGAAAAGGAAAGUCAAUCGUGGAAACAAGUUUGACUGCAAGAUUAGUUUGCAUUUUGCUGGACACGCAUGCAUUAAUAUCUGAGGAAUCAACUGACUUUGACAGAUUUCUAUGUCUUGUUGAACAAUAUCAGUUUUGGAUUCUGAUUUUUAAAUGUACAGGACAGUACAGUGACAUGAUUCAAAUGAAUGUUAACUACAAAGCUGCACGAGCAUGUAUUUCAAGUAUCGGACAUCAUUUCAAGACUCACGACGUUCAUUUUAAAUUUUUGCAAAAACUUGAAAGAAAUCUACAGUCAGCAUCUUCAGCAAAGAAAUUGCUUCAACUAGAGUUUGAUAUAAUUGAUAUCGAACGGUAUUGGUCUGAAGCAUUGCAAAGGUUCAAAGAAGUAAAAGAUAAGCUUGGUAUAACAUGUGAGGUCAUGACACAGGUUAAACAAAAAUGUCCAACCCUUCCUGAUGGUUUUGAUAUUGUGCUUACAAGGGUAUCAGACAAUGAAAAAAGAUUUAUAAAUGGAAUGAUAACAGCAAGUGAAUGCGAAAACGAUAAACGUAUGUGGCAAGAUAUAGAGCAGCUACCAAACAUCUGCGAAUAUCUAUGUAAAGUAGUAUCAUCAUCAGUAUUCUGGAAUGUUUCAUCUGACCAUGUUUAUAAAAGAUAUUUAGAUGAAAUGGAGAGGUUCUAUGAAGAUGAUCCAAUAAGUUCCGUUUCUGAGCUUUUUCAAGAAGGAUCGGUUUGUGAUAGAACAUACUCUAGUAACGAAAAAGGUUGCUUGAGUUUUAUGAAGAUUUUACAAAAUGUUGGACCUACAGAAUAUGAAGUCAUAUGGAAGUCACUUACAAGAGACGACAAUUUUCAAAUGGUAGAUGUAAUGAGAAUGUUUGGGUCAAAACCAGACAUCUCAAGAGAAGUUGAAAUUGCGAAAUCCUACUUACAUAUUGUUGUUGAGAAGGAAGUAGAAGUAUGUUUAAAUCGAAUAUUUUCAAGCGAUUCUGUCGAAAGAACUGUUGAUGCGAUUGAAUCAGUUGUUCAUGUGUUUGGCUUAGAUUGGAAACGAGACGCUGUUUUUACUAAAUCAAUGACUUCAUUUCAUAAUUUGGCACUAGGUAAAGCUGAUGAAUAUACGUUUGGAGAUGUUCACGUAGCAUUAAAAACAAUAUUCUCAUUAGUGGCAAACAUCUCUGAUGACACAGUCAAUAUUAUGACAGUUUUAGGCAGAUCAACAUCUUUAAUCAAGUUCAUAAGCAAUAUCUUAGAUGAAGACAUAAAAAACCUUAUAGACGCCGUAGAAGAUAUUUCAGAGCAACAGGUUCAAGUUUCGACAGUAUCUGCAUUGAUAGAGGUCAAACAAUUUCUUUAUCCACUUUUGCGGUCUAAAGACGUAAAAAGUAUUUAUGAGUUAUUUCAGCUGUUGGAGAAACAAACAAAUGUUUCAAAAACAAACUCUUCUUCUCUUCCUCAAAAAAUGGAAGACUGCAAACAAAAUCUGCACAACUUAAAAUCUCUUUACAAUGGGGUCGCAAAUAGAGGGGAACAGACAAAAGAAAUGAUAAAAAACAUCAUUCAGAAAGGUACAAUUUUCUUUCAGUUGAACACACUAAAAACUUGUACGACAUUCCAAGCAUCGUACAAACAAAACAAAAUAAAGGAAUUAAGAAAACAAUCAACAUUGAUCGACCUUAGAAGCAGAGCACUUCUUUUAAUGAACACUGAGAGGAAGACUGCGAAUGAAAAUCGUUACAACCGAGAUGAAUUGAUGAAAUUUGUUGAAGAAAUAGAUCUUUGUAUCGACAUUGCAGAGACUCUUUUUACACUGUAUACGUCUGGACAUACAGAUUUCAUGACUGUUAAAGAAGUAGUCAAACCAUAUGAUUUACUGAAAAGGAAAAUAGAGUUAAAUUUAAGUCUUAACUCAUGGUUACAUGAUAUCAACGAAGAAAGGAAAACUCACUACCUUAUGAAUUUCAUUAAAGGAAACCAAAUUCACAUUUUGUUUACAUAUCUGGAAGAAAAUAGUAAAAAUAUCCCUCUUGUACAAACUAUUGUACACUUCAUACACCCAAACAUGCAAGCUGAAAAAUUUAAAGAAAUAUAUGAGACUGAAAAAGGAUUGUUUUUAAAAAACUCAAUAAUUGGCAACUGGACUAAACAGAAAAUGCUUCAUUGCAUUGGAUUUUCCUUACAUAAAUCGUUUGAGGGUUUACAAAUGUUUCAAAGGAAUAUUCAGAACAAUACAUCUAAAACGAUGAAUGAUAUUGUUCUGCCUGGCAGAUUGCUAGUAGCUCAGUUAGAUGAAUGUAGUCUCCUUACUGUUAGAACUAUUCUGGCUCUUUAUAUGAACACGACACAAAGACUUCCUGAACCAAAUCACAUACUAUUUUGUACAUUUGAAACCAGUUGGGCCGAGUUAGAACUGAUAAUACGGCGAUGCCUGGGAUCAAUGCAAUUUUACAAAGUGAAUGUCCUUUUUUGUAUUGCGAACGUAGAAAAUCUUUCCAAUGAACUUCAGUUCAAACUUGUAGAAGACUUAAGAAAUUUGCCAAAAGAAACGCAAUUUUGUCUCGCUAUAAUAUGUAGAGGGUCACGGAACCAUCCAUUUAUUGAUGAAUUAAGUGAUUAUACAUCUUCUGUCACUCCAGUCACUGAUAAAACCGUUCGAGAUAUUUUCAAUGAACAUUGCGGAAAUGUUGUCACUAUAACUUCAAAGUAUUCUGGACUUGGGAAGACAUCCUUUAUAGCCUCAGAAGCACAUAGGCAAAAAAGAGGCUUUGUUACCCUUCAUGUAAGUGGAACGAUACGCAAAAUGCAUCUGGUUGACAGAAUAGAUAACUUGCAUUUGAAAAAACAUCAUGUAUUGCAUAUUGAUUUAGGAAAUGUCGACAGUCCAUCAGAUCUAGAUACAUUUCUGUUUGAGCUUGUUGUCUUACGGUAUGUGUCAGCUGGAACACUUUCGGUUGGCCUACAGACUUCGGUUGUUUAUAUUGAAAUUGCAAACACAAUAAAUGAAACUCUGAGAAAUGCACUGCAAACAACUGUAUUAUUCAGAAGAAAAGAAAUAGAAUGGAGUGGUAUAGAUGAUUUGACAGUAAGUCGGGAAUUGAAUAGCCCUGUUCAAGUAGUUUGUCACUAUCUAAACUGUUUAGAGAAUGGAUCGAUUGAUAGCAAAGAUAUAUCUUUUAAUGAAAAAUCUGAAAAGCCACUAAAAUCUAAACAUUGUAAAUUUCUUCUUCAUAAAUAUAUAGGAGGAAAACUUGAAACUUCGUAUCCAACUGUAUUAACAUUCAUCAAUGUUUUGUCUGAUCAACUAAAGAAAAUGUCUCAGAGCUCGUUCUUCAAGUCAAAAAGGUUGAUUGAUAUGAUUGGAAAUAAAGUUAAGCUAUCUGUUAAAAGUCAGUUGUUAGCAGCAAUGAUUGAUGUUUCAUACGAUUUUGCAACUCGAUCAAUAGAUGUCUGUCGUGAGAGUCAGAUCUCAGCAAUUCAAACUGAGGAAAACAUAAAAUCUGAUUUAGCAUCCUCUGUAACUAAUCGUGUAAAUAGCAUGAUAAGAUGGGAAGACAGCAAUCAUUUGAUGUUUCUUUUUCACAAUCAGAAUAUUCAUACAAUAUCUGCACUAUAUCGAAAUUUGACAUUAGUUCCAAAAGAAAUUAGAAGUCUAUUUGAAAGUCAGAUGAAAAAAGACAUGGAGGAUUUUAAGUGUAUGGACCAGGAAAAAUUGCAAACAAUGCUCCAGAGGGUAGCAAGAGUAAACCCGUUACCACUUCCAAAAAAAGAGUUGUUAGAACUCUCAAAAGACUAUGCACUGACUGCAGAUAAUUUGCUGAAAAUGGUAUUAAUCACAUUACGUAUUAAAGCAAACAUUCCCGUUGUUGUUAUGGGAGAAACAGGAUGUGGAAAGACUUCACUUAUUCGAUAUUUAGCAGCAAUAUGUGAAGUCGAUUUUGAUGUUAUGAAUAUUCACGCAGGUGUGAAGGAAGAAGACAUCAUUUAUAAAGUUAUGGGAAACAAUACAAAAGCGUUAGAACAGCUAGACAAAGAAAUGUGGCUAUUCCUUGAUGAAAUCAACACAUCAGACUGCUUAGGGAUAAUGUCUGACAUUAUUUGUCAUCAUAAAUGCCUUGGAAAGGAACUUUCUCCUAAUUUAACUAUCAUGGGUGCUUGUAAUCCUUACAAACUUAGAACUACUUAGGCACUUUCAACUGCU